AUGGUGUUCCACAUUGUGGUCGGAUUGGCUGCCAUGCUGUUGGAGUGGCGUGCCUUCAACAAAGACCAUGAUACCAAGGAUGUAUUGUGCCUUCGUCAAGUGGCAAUUACUUGCUUUUUUGCGGCCGCGAGUCUUGCUUUCUUCGUUGUCUGUGGAGCACGCCAUCGCCCCCUAUCGACACUCAAGUCCAAGUCCAACAGCCUCACCGCCGCCAAGCAGGCCAUCCUCCAGUUUGAGCCAGGGGACAACUAUCAUAAAGAUUUGGAAGAGCUCGAUGCCAUCAUUCAAGCGGCACAGACAACCAAGAGGCGCGUGCAAGUCAAGAGAACCUGGUCCAAGUUGCUGGAGCGAGAGGAGAUUUGGAUUGGCGUCAUUUUCCCUUUCCUUGGUCCUGGUCACUACGCCUUUUUCGGAGGCGUGAACAAGCGGUUCAAUGAGCUUUACAAGAAAUAUGGUCGCGUUGUCCUUCCAACUCGACCUCCUGACAUCAAGUAUUACCGUGCAGAGGAUCCCGAUCUUUGGACUCGCGGCCAGAAAUCCAUCACGGACACUUUUGUCAGUGUGGCUUUCGGUAGUGUGGCGUGUGCAGACUAUUGGGAUUCUCACUCGCGUCCUGGCAGGAAGGGAAUGCCAACGGAGCAAGUUGGCUGGAAAGUCAUGGAACAGCAACCGUUCAAUCCGGAUCUGGUGGCAUGGGCCGUGGAAACUGGCUGGAUCCUGUGGGAUGCUGUGUUGGAACAAGAAGUGGGAACGCGUGGGCUCGUGCAACUUCUGAAGUGGCGUCUUGAAAAUGGUGGAUUGGUCAAUCACCCGAUGCACAUUGCCAUGCAUGCCGCUCAAGCUGGUCAAGUGGGAGUCGUGAUCUGGUUGCAUGCGAAUCACCCUGGGCAAAUAAGUGAUGCUGAUAGAUCUCGUUGUUUUGAAGAAUGCCGAAAUAUGCCUUUGCUUAGAAUAAAUAAGUUUUUUGGACUAUUUUAUCUAAAUCCUAUCUAUCUAAUCUAA